AUGGCUGUGGGUGCCAUGGCUCCGCGGCGAGGUUCCCGCAGCGCUGAUCCUGUGGCGGCGCGGUUUUUCGUGCGCCCGACAGAGCAGUCGUUGUUUCGGGUUUCGGGUGGAGAUCCGGCGGGGUUUCCAGGCCAUGAGGCCUUUGGCUUGAAGAGGCAAAAGGUGCCGGACGAGCUCCCGAUUGAGCCACCAGCGCCGCUGCCCUUCUAUGAAGAAUAUCCCUUGAGUUGCAGCUAUGGAGCAGGAGCUUUGUUGGUCCUAGCCGUGAUGUGGUACUGCGCACGCAGGAAAAGCUUGCGACGACCCUACAGACUGCCGGACCUAUCGCCUUCGAAGGGAGGACAAGUGGCGGAUGCUGAGGCAGAGUUUCGGAGAAUCGUUUGCUUCUUGCAGGACGAGCUAUUGAUCCCCAUCGACAAACGCAUGCCGGGCAGACCCUUCGAGUACGAUAUGCACUCGUUUCCAUUUACGCCCAUGGUGCUGGUCAUUGGCAAUCACUCCUCGGGGAAGUCGACUUUCAUCAACAAAUUGCUGGGGAAAGAGGUUCAGGACACAGGUGUGGCCCCCACGGAUGAUGGCUUCACCAUUUUGGAGCGACGGACCAGCAGCGAAACCGAGGACGGGCCCACAGUUCUGGGCUGUCCGGAGAAUCGGCCCUAUGCGGAGUUGCAGCGAUUUGGACAGAUCUUCGCAGGAGUGCUCAGAAGGAAGCGCUUAAUCCUGCCUCAAACUUCUCAGAUGCCCUUCAAGCUGCAGAUCGUAGACACGCCAGGAAUGAUCGACCUCCCGGUGAACGAGAAUACUCUGAGUGAAGCUCGGGGUCGAGGUUACAACUUCGUUGAGGUGGUGCGGUGGUGGGCGAAACGAGCAGAUCUCAUUCUGCUGUUGUUCGACCCCGACAAGCCUGGGACCACAGGAGAGACAUUAGAUGUGCUCACGAAAGCUUUGUCUGGACUGCCGCUGGGCGAUAUUUGGAGGGGCAGCCAAUGA